GCCCGCCCCCUCCACCCCAACAACGGCAACCGAAAGGUGGUGUGCUUGCGUCGGCGAAUUAAUGAAAACGAAACAAACGUGCCUGCGCAGGGCGCGGCCUGUAAUUCCCCAGCCACGGGGCGUCUAUCGCCAAACAUCCCCAAAGUUUGGUAGCUGUGCCAGGGAAACGCAUGCCAUUUCGCUUGCCUCAUCGGCCACUUCUAUUUGUCUGCCGCCUAUUUGAAGGGACGUUGGGGCGGCAUCGUGCCACAGCCGCGGCGCUCCGGUCCUUUCGGGCCAACCCACUACUCCGCGAGCUGCCUGCCUGCCCGCUUGGCGAAGACCUAGUCCGGCCGGACAAGAACCCGGGUCAAGGCAUGAUUCGACUCCAAGCUCCGACGCUGACCGGUCCGCCUGUAACAUUAGCAACGCCCACUCCGACCGCCGGCGCCUCCCCACGUCGGCGGCCCUUCAGAACGGGCUAUUGUUACCUUGCAAUUAAAAUCCCGCUUCCGGCACCAGCCCACGGAACAGAUCCGUUGGACGAAGCUUACUCUCGCUUUACGACAGCAAGGCGGGACGCGGAGUCAAGUGAGAUGAAAGGGAUUCUUCCUAGGCCGCCCAACACGGCCACCCGGCCUCGCCAGACGGCCCACGGACCCACGGGAGCAGGACAUGUACAGGCGGUGCGGGAUCUGCUUGCCUACAAUCCGCUUGUGUGGCGCCGGGGCUACAUGCACCGGCGGGUGGCACCGCCAGAACGGUUGGACGUCUACGCGCCAUCGCUAGGCACCGUAUUGACCCAUCCUAUGGCCGGGGCUCGGUCCGUAUGUGAGGUUGUCGAACUGCAAACUCAUGGGGUGUUUCGAUGGCCGACACACCAGGCUGACGGGAGGGGGAGCGCCAUUUUCCUUUGCCCGGCGUCUAUGAUAAGGAUCAACACCGCUGCGAGUCGAUCCAUGGCGGCUUUUGACGAAACCUUCCUACUAUAUUCCUGCUAGGAUGCGUCUACUGCCGAAGAUCUAUUGUAACAGGAGCCAGGUGAGUUUCCUAAACGCAUAACGACUGCUUAAUACCUACUAGUACCAGCUUGAAGUACCCGGUUUACUUGUCAUUCAACACAGCCCCUCUCUAUAGC